CAUUUGUGUCCAACUAUGGCAUUGCCUAUUUGGAGAGUCCGACCAAAACUGGGCUAGGCUGAGAGAGUUCAGUUACCACUUCACCAUCUUCGAUUCUGACUGAAUACCGUUAUUCCCUCCCAUGAAAUUGUUCUACGCAACAAGACCAUUCUCCUCCUCCUCCUCCUCCUCUUCUUCUUCUUCGUGCUCCUCAAAGAACCAUUCACUCCAAACAUUAUUGAAGCGUGGAUUCACCCCAACCCUGAAAUCCAUCAACAUAUUCCUCCUCUCCCUCCUCCGCCACCGCAAGUUCAACCUCAUCAUCCACCUCUUCACCACUGCCACACUCAUCCCCACUAACCCUACCACCCUCUCCAUCCUCACAUGGGCACUCCUCCAUUCUAGAAGCUUCCAAGAUGCCGAGAAUCUCAUCUUAACUCACUUCACCCAUUCCCAUCCUCGCAUCUGGGACACACUCAUCCGUACCCACCAUGACCCUCAUAGGGCACUCUUUCUUCUACGCUAUUGCCUCCAAAACGGUGCCGUUUUGCCCUCUCCUCUCACUUUCUCUUCUCUUAUUCACAGACUCUCUUCUCAGGGGGACCUAGGCAUGACAAUGGAGGCGCUGGAGAUCAUGACAGAUCAUAGGGUAAGGUACCCUUUUGAUGAUUUUGUUUGUAGCUCUGUGAUUUCUGGGUUUUGUAGGAUUGGGAAGCCUGAACUUGCAUUAGGGUUUUAUGACAAUGCUGUGGGUUCUGGGGCACUGUUGAGGCCCGGCUUGGUUACUUUAACUGCAAUUGUUGGUGCACUUGUUAGGUUGGGGAGGCUUGAUGAGGUUUGUGGUUUGGUUAGGAGGAUGGAGGAGGAUGGGAUCGGUUUGGAUGUUGUUUUGUAUAGUGUUUGGGUUUGUGGUUAUGUUAAAGGAAAUGACUUGGUGGAGGUUUUUCGAAAGAUGAGGGAAAUGGUGGUGGUGAAGGGUAUCGAUCAUGAUUAUGUGAGUUAUACUAUACUCAUUGAUGGGUUUUCGAAGUUAGGCGAUGUGGAGAAGUCAUUUGGGAUCUUGGCUAAGAUGAUAAAGGAAGGGAAGGGGCCCAAUAAGGUCACUUACACUGCAAUAAUAUCUGCUUAUUGUAAGAAGGGUAAAGUUGAGGAAGCACAUGGUGUUUUCGAGAGGAUAGGUGAGUUGGGAAUUGAGUUGGAUGAGUUUGUGUAUGCAGUUUUGAUUGAUGGGUAUUGUCGGAUUGGAGAUUUUGGUAGUGUCUUUAAGCUAUUUGUUGAAAUGGAGAAAAGAGGGGUUAGUCCUAGUGUUGUUACGUAUAAUACCAUAAUAAAUGGUUUGUGCAAGUUCGGGAGGACAUCUGAGGCAGAUGAGUUAUCGAAAGAUGUGGCUGCCGAUGUGAUUACGUACAGCACGUUGUUGCACGGUUAUACUGAAGAAGAGAACACUCCGGGGAUUUUGCAGACAAAGAGGCGACUAGAAGAAGCUGGAAUUGCCAUGGAUAUCAUAAUGUGCAAUGUGCUGAUCAAAGCAUUGUUUAUGAUGGGGGCUUUUGAAGAUGUUUAUGCUCUUUACAAAGAGGCAUUAGUUGAACUCAAUGAUAAAGGACUGGAGUUAAGUAGAUAUACAUUUAGCAUGUUAAUGAGGACAAUUCUCACUGAAAAGGGUGCAAAAGAGGUUUUAGAUUUAGUUUACACAAUGGAAGGAUUGGGCCAAGACUUAUAUGAGUCAGUAUGUAAUGAUGCGAUCUUUUUAUUGUGCAGAAGAGGAUUUCUUGAGGAUGCAUAUCGCUUGUGCUUGAUGAUGAGAAAGACAGGUUUAUACAUUACAAGAAACUCCUAUUAUUCUAUUUUGAGAAGCUAUCUUAGUAACAGAGAUAGGGAGCACAUGCUGCCCCUAUUGAAUAUCUUUCUAAAAGAAUAUGGCCUAGUUGAUCCAAUGAUGCGUAGGAUACUAGCAUGCUACCUAUGUUUAAAAGAUAUUCAUAGUGCCCUUCAAUUUAUGGAAAAAACAAUCACCCUUCCGGUCUCCAUCCUCAGGAUUCUGAUAAAGGAAGGUAGAGCUUUAGAUGCAUAUAAGCUUGUGGUAAAGACUCAAGAUAGUUUACAAGUCAUGUAUGCUGAUUAUGCCAAUCUGAUUGAUGCCUUAUGCAAGGGAGGAUAUCUCAAUAAAGCAUUGGAUCUUUGUGCCUUCGUUGAAAAGAAAGGGAUCACUUUAGACAUAGUUGUAUAUAAUUCUAUAAUAAAUGGAUUGUGCCAUGAGGGACGCCUUAUUGAAGCAUUUCGGCUAUUUGAUUCAUUGGAGAAACUUAAUUUGAUACCCUCUGAAAUAACUUAUGCCACAUUAAUUUAUGCACUGAGUAGGGAGGGAUAUCUGGUAGAUGCUGAGCAUGUUUUCAGUAAAAUGGUCCUGAAGGGCUUUCAACCAAAAACACAAGUUUACAAUUCACUACUUGAGGGUAUUUCAAAGUUUGGUCAAUUAGAGAAUGCGCUGGAGCUUCUAAACGAUAUGGAGACAAAAUAUAUUGAGCCUGACAGCUUGACGGUUAGUGCUGUCAUAAAUUGCCAUUGCCAAAAGGGCAACAUGGAAGGAGCACUUCAAUUCUAUUAUGAGUUCAAGAGGAAGGAUGUAUCACCUGAUUUUUUUGGGUUCUUGUACUUGAUAAGAGGCUUAUGUUCAAAGGGACGGAUGGAAGAAGCUAGGAGCGUCUUGAGAGAAAUGCUCAAAUCGAAGAAUAUUGAAGAGAUAAUUAACAUAGUUAACAAUGAGGUUGAUAAUGAGUCGAUAGGUGGCUUUCUUGCCAUUUUGUGUGAGCAAGGAAGUAUUCAAGAAGCCCUUACAGUUCUUAAUGAAAUUGCAAGCACACUUUAUCCUGUUCUAAGGUUAUCUACAUAUAAUCAAGGAGCUCAUGCACAGAGGAACAUUUCUGAGCUAAACGCUGGUUUACAAUCUUCAAGGUCUCUAUCCUCCUCUUGUAGAACUGGUUUGGAUUUCGGAUCUUGUGAUGCUAGCGUUGAAAGUGAUCUUACAAUAAAUAAUGAUAGUCAUGUGACAAGGUCCCGGCCACUCAACUUUGACUUCUAUUAUUCCAUGAUUGCCACACAUUGUGCCAAAGGGGAGCUACAGAAAGCUAAUCAAGUAGCUAAGGGAAUGCUUUCCCACCUAAGGCGAUGAGCUGAACAUAAGAAAGAAGAGAGAAAAUGAAUUCUUUCAAUGUGGGAAAUUCUCUAUUUUUAAUGCCAGGAGAGAUCACACAGUUGACAUCUGCAGCAUCAACCAGAUAAACAAGAAAAUGAUGUCCUAGCCCUCUGUCAUUCCAGUUUCUUUGACCGCACAACCAGUCUGAAAAGGACAAUAGGGUGCCAAUUGGAGUGCAAGGGAUCCGUAUCUGACCUGUAAGAUAUAUAAAUGAUAAUAGGAGCAGGCACUUGAUUACAUGCUAAUUGCUGCUUUAAGCUUGAGAUUAAAAAAGUCAUGCUCUGCAUUUGUGGAGAUCAAAUGUAAGUACUUUUUCUGGAGACAAUGUUUUUUUAGUAUUUUAAAGUGGAUUGAGUUGUAUUUUCAGUUUGUUCUUUCAUUUCCUUACACUUCUUCCCUCCCUGCCUGAACUUCCUUUUUAACCAGAGAAUGGUUGACUUCAAACAAAUGAAAUCUACCUUACUCCUAAUGCCUUUUGCCCUUCAUGGAGGAGUUUUGAAUGACAAAGAACCAGAAAUGAUUUCAUUCUUAAAUGAGUUAAAUCAGAUCCCUUUUUCUUUUUUUGGGUAUUUAGAGAAAAGAAUGAAGUGAUUUCAUUUAUAGAUCAGAUCAUAUUGGGUAUUACUUUAUUUUUUCCCCCAGAUCUUGUCAUUUUCCUAUGUAUUUGAUUGGAAAUAAUUUGGUAUCUAAAUGUUUGAAAAGACUUUUAUACCCUUCUUAAUUUUGGUUCCAUUUUUAGCCCAUUCUUUGAUUGGAGGGAAUUCCCCUUGUUCCGAAGUUGAAACCCUCUAUUUUAUAUGCAAGAUUUAGCUUCCGAUUGGGUCAGUGUGAAGCAUUGGCUUUCUGCCUUAAGCUCGUGAGGCCAUAGAGAAUUUCUUUUAUUACUUUGUCAAACAGGUAUGUUGCCUCAGAUCAUAAAUCUAAGGGAAAGUGAGCCCAGUGCACAGCAUUCCACAUUAUGUUGCCACAGUUACUAGUUUAUAUUCGGGUUGUUAUAAUAUGUUGUCACAUUGUGAGUUUGAGCUUUUGGUGAAACAGAUUAUGGUUUGCAGUUUUUAUUUUGUGUUAACAUGUUGAUAUCAGAAGUAUGUGAUUUGGUUCUUUAGUUCUGAGUCUUCACUGCCAUAUUAUCUUUUAUUCAAUUGAUUUCAGAAAGAAUGUAUGCAAUAUACUUUUAGGGACAUGGCAGUUUUUCUUUAACCGUGUUUUUGUUGCUGUAAGCCUGUAAGUAUAAGUCCUUGUUACUUUUCACAUGGCCACAUGCACACGCACAGCAUGUAACCCUUUGUUCUUUGUGAUGCCAAUAGUUGCUUAGUAAUCAAUUGUUCUAAUUCCCAUUGUAUUUUUCAACAGUUAAUUUUACGAUGCACUUUUGAGAAAUAGCAUGGCCUUACUCAGUUGCUGUUGACAUCAGUGUAGAAGUAUUUGGUUCUGAGCUCUCAUUCAAUGCUUAACAGGAAAUUUGGUCGCUUUGUUUUGGAAUAGACUUCCAUCAGCCACUAAGCAGUUGACAAUCAAUUCUUUGAAAGUAAACAAUCUGGUUAAGAAGGUCAUAUCCAACAUUGUAACCCUGCUGAGCCAAUAAGCCGAUAACAGAAGAUCGGUUGUCGACGCCAGUCGCACUGACUGGACCUAUAGCCAUGCAGAAUACGCUGUCUGUGAGCUGUUCAAAGAAGCUUCCAGUGUCCAAAGCCAAAUCUGCACCUUGAGCAAAAUGGAAGGUAACCACUGGAAAUCCAACUAAAUCUCUACUCACAACCCCCAAAUAGCAAUAUAGCCAGGGAUAAGUUUCGAUUAUAACUUUCCUAAAGGACCUGCCGAGGAUAUUCCUAACUUCCUUGUAUAGUAAAUUUUGCACAUCAUCAGGUAGGUAGGUGAGCGUAGACCCUGUGUCAAUGAUGACACCACCCGCGUCAUUCUCUUUCAUCUCAAAAGUUGCAGGAGGAAUGUCAAGCCUCCUUUCUCCUACACUUAUGCCUUCCAUGGUGAUGUAAUACAUGCCACGAAGAGCUUGAAAAUGGGUUGGAUAGCCUUCAAGAUCUGCUCCUUCGCCUAGGAUCAGUUGGUUGUAAUUACUACUUUUGUCAGCUAGGCUUCCUAUGCAGUAAGAGAAUUUAUGGCCUAUUUGUGAUGCCAAAGACAUACGUGCAUUGUUUAGUCCUAGUAUUCCAUUAUACCCUGGAUCAUUAUUGUACACAAUGUCGCGGCCACACCCGAAUUCUAUGUUUGGUAUUUGAAUGGAACCUUCGUCAGAUGUCUCAAAGACUAGCGUUUCAUAGCCAAGGGUUCCUGAUGCAGACGAAUUGUCUGCGUAAGUGAUAAUGAACGGUGACCUAUCCAAGGGGUGGCAAUUGCAGCCUCGAAAGCCGCAAGGUGUCCUGCAUAAUUGGAUGUAGGUGGAAGACUUUGAAGGGCCAAAAAGUUGACCUAAAUGUUGAUCACAAUUCGUGCAAGGGUUGCACAUAAUCCAGAAGAUUUCGCUGGCAGAGUCCAUCACAACUAGCUGUGGGGUGGGAGGUUGGCCUACUGAGAUAUUUGCCAUUAUCGUUCUACCAGACGAGGAGGGAGAAAGUUGAGUCCUAUGGUCGCUGGCGGCCAUAGUUCCUUCAAUCCUCGCAUGCAAAUACAUGACACGUGCAAUGGAAUUUUGGAUGUCGAGUUCAAUCCUUUCUUUGGCUGUUUCACUUUGGUUGUAGUGUGGAUGGUGAACAGAUCUUUGAUGAAUGAGUUCGGUGACCAAUCUUUUAGGCUUUAGCAUUUGGUAAUUUAGCCAAGGAUGUGGUUGUUGAAGAAUUGGUGCUGAUAGAUAUUGAGAAACACCAGGUUGAGAAGGUUAGUAACAAAAGAAUCGAAGUUUCAUGUACAAGUGUCAUUCCACCUUCAGUUAAUUGAAAUGGCUUUUGGCAAGUUGUAGAUACAACUUUCUAAGACAUGUUAAUAUAUAUAGUAAACAAGGAUUUUGUCUAAUAUGUAUAUGUAUAGACAUAAAAUAAGCUUGAAGUCAUUUCUCUAUUAUCAAUUUUUUGGUGACUAAAUAGAAAAGAAAGAAAAAAGAGACAAAACCAAAUUAAUUGGCUAGGGUCAUAUCUAAAUCUAUUAGAUGUUGAAGCUCACUCCAUGUCCGCGACAGAAGCAACUGCUUUAGCCAUACAAUCUGCAACACUAUUUGCAAUCCUCUGAAUUAAAAGAAUAGAGACUCUCCAAUUCCAAUUCAUAACCUCCUGAAUAUGCUUUGCCAAAUCCCAUUUCGGAAUAUCCUUACUAAGCAUUCUUUGGUUUACCAAGAAAAGAGCUUCUAAACAGUCUGUUUCACAAAUAACCUCACGAAAUCCACUCUCCCAAGCAAGAAGUAAACCUCUCCAAAUUGCAUACAAUUCAG